CACAUAUAUAUAUAUAUGUAUAUUGUAUCUCCACGCGCUGGAUUUGUUUCCGACGCACCCGAACCUUUGUUCAAUUUUGCGGAGCUCCUCUUCGACGAGCGCGGAUUUUCAAUUCGGGGAACACACAGGAAUCUCGAUUCGUUUGAUUGUGGCCCGACGAACGCACACGUCUGGCUGCGUGAGGGGACGUUGUUGACGGUUGAGCUGCGGGAAAGUGAAGCAUCCAUUCAGAGUGAAACCUGGAGUGUAGCCAUGGUGAAGCUCACUCUUAUUGCGAGGGUGACGGAUGGCUUGCCGCUUGCAGAGGGGUUGGACGAUGGGCGUGAGCAGAAUGACAUGGAGUUUUACAAGCAGCAGGCCAAACAAUUGUGCAAAGAGCUCUCUCGGCGGCAGCAUGAGGCGUCUCGGAUGUCUGUUGAGACUGGACCUUACUUUUUCCAUUACAUCAUAGAAGGGGGUGUGUGUUACCUUACCCUCUGUGAGCGAUCAUAUCCUAAAAAACUUGCGUACCAGUAUCUGGAGGAGCUGCAACGGGAAUUUGAAAAGGUGAAUCGGUCGCAAAUCGAGACUGUCGCGAGGCCUUAUGCCUUCAUCAAGUUUGAUACUUUUAUUCAAAAGACUAGGAAGCUUUAUCAGGAUACUCGAACUCAGAGGAAUUUGUCUAAGCUCAAUGAUGAUUUGUACGAAGUCACACAAAUCAUGACACGCAACAUUCAAGAGGUUUUAGGGGUUGGAGAUCGACUUGACCAUAUUAUUAGGAUCAACGUUAAUAAGGAUACAGACUCACCUCCAGGCUCCAAAAGAAUCUUUUAUUCAAUUAUGCUACGCGAAAUAGCAGAUCUGAAGGUGAGCCAGAUGUCGAGCAGACUUGCCACUGAAUCAAAAGUGUACUCAGACAAAGCAAAAGAUCUGAACCGGCAGGCUUUGAUAAGGAAAUGGGCACCUGUUGGGAUUGUAAUUGGGGUGGUUCUACUACUUCUCUGGUUCCGCCGGUCAUUCUGGAGUUAGCAUCGUCACCAAGUUAAAUGUGCCAACUAGGCUGUGAUUCGUCUUCAACUUCGAGUGUGCUUGAACAAAAUGAGUUGUAAAUAAUUUAGUGCUCUCCAGAUCAUAAAUUAUGCAAAUUAUUAUGUUGCAGAAAUGUGAUACCGAGGCCACAAUAAUUCGCAGCUGUUUAAUCCUGUGUAGUUUGAACAUAGUACACUUCAGAUUCUAGUAGUUAACAGGAAAUGUGAUUGUCCUGGAUUUGUGAUUUUGGCUAUUCUGCUGAUGUAGAAACUUGAUAAAACCAUUUACAGCAUAGGUAGGUACAAUUUGUGAUCCGAUUCCAAAGUUGUGAAUAAUUUCAAUGGCA